AUGGGUGAAUUUAAACCUCCACUGCCUCAAGGUGCGGGGUAUGCUAUUGUACUAGGCCUAGGGGCUGUUUUCGCAGGAAUGAUGGUGUUAAUAACCUAUAUGCUUAGACGUUAUCAAAAAGAAAUUAUUACUGCUGAAGAAUUUACCACUGCCGGUAGAUCGGUAAAGACCGGUUUAGUGGCGGCGGCUGUGGUUUCCAGUUGGAUUUGGUGCUCUACGUUGUUGACUUCAUCCACAAAGGAAUACGCAGAUGGUAUAUUUGGUGGGUACGCAUAUGCCGCCGGUGCUUGUUUCCAAAUUAUUGCGUUCGCCAUCUUGGCUAUUAAGACCAAGCAAAUGGCUCCCAAUGCGCACACAUACUUGGAAUUAGUGAGAAAAAGAUAUGGUAAGAUUGGUCAUAGUUGCUAUCUGUUUUACGCCAUUGCAACCAACAUUUUGGUCACUUCUAUGCUUUUAACUUCAGGGUCCGCUGUUUUCAGUGACUUGACCGGGAUGAACACCAUUGCAUCUUGUUUCUUACUACCCGUCGGUGUUGUCGUUUAUACUCUGUUUGGUGGUAUCAAGGCAACUUUUCUAACCGACUAUUUGCACACUUGUGUCAUCAUCAUCAUUGUUCUCGUAUUUGCAUUUAAAGUUUAUGCCACUAGUGAUAUUUUAGGUUCGCCGGGCAAAGUUUAUGACUUAGUUCGUGAGGCUGCUAAGAGACACCCAGUCGACGGUAACUUUGAAGGUGAGUAUAUGACUAUGACAUCUAAAUCCGCCGGUAUUUUAUUGAUCAUUAAUCUGAUCGGGAAUUUCGGUACCGUUUUCCUUGAUAACGGUUAUUGGAAUAAAGCCAUUUCUGCUAGUCCUGCAGCAAGUUUGAAAGCUUACGCCAUGGGUGGGUUAGCAUGGUUUGCUGUGCCUUCUCUUAUUUCAUUGACCAUGGGUUUAGCAUGCAUUGCAGUGGAGACCUCUCCAAAUUUCCCCACAUAUCCUGAUCCACUAACUUCGUUCCAGGCAAAUUCUGGGUUGGUUUUGCCAGCUGCCGCAAUUGCCAUCAUGGGUAAAGGAGGUGCAGUGGCAUCGCUGCUGAUGAUCUUCAUGGCCGUCACGUCUGCCAUGUCUGCUGAAUUGAUUGCCGUGUCAUCUGUUUUCACUUACGAUAUCUAUAGAGAAUAUAUCGAUCCUCGUGCAAGCGGUAAGAAACUGAUUUACACCUCGCACUGUGCCUGUAUCUUUUUUGGUCUUGCCAUGAGUGGAUUUUCUGUCGGACUGUACUAUGGUGGUAUUUCCAUGGGCUAUAUUUAUGAAAUGAUGGGUAUAAUUAUUAGUAGUGCAGUGUUGCCUGUGGUUUUGACUUUGUGCUCUAAAGACAUGAAUGUAGUUGCCGCUGUGGUGUCCCCAAUUUUAGGCACAGCUUUGGCUAUAAUGUCAUGGUUGGUUUGCACCAAGUCACUUUACCAUGAACUAACUGUGGACACAACAUUCAUGGAUUAUCCAAUGCUAACAGGUAAUUUGGUAGCUUUAUUGUCACCAGCUAUCUUUAUUCCUAUUUUGACUUAUUUCUUUAAACCGCAAAAUUUCGACUGGGAAAAAUUGAAGGAGAUUACCAGAGUAGAUGAAUCUGAAGAAUUGGCUCAAGCUGAUCCCGAUAUUCAGAUUUAUGACGGUGAGCUUAAUGCUAAGGGUCAAGAAGAAGAAACAAAUUCCCUGACUUCUGCAGAGAAUGAAAAAAAUGAUGUUAGAGUAAAUAAUGAAAAAUUGAAUGACCUCAACCUCGGUGUCGUGAUAAGUAAUGCCAUUAUGCAAGAAAGUGGAACCGAGUUACAAGAAGAAUUAGACGAAGAACAAAAGGAACUAGCCCGUGGUUUAAAAAUUGCCUACUUCCUGUGUGUAUUUUUUGCCUUGGCAUUUUUAGUGGUUUGGCCCAUGCCCAUGUAUGGUUCCAAGUAUAUCUUCAGUAAAAAAUUCUUUACCGGUUGGGUCGUGGUAAUGAUUAUCUGGCUUUUCUGUAGUGCAUUUGCCGUUUGUAUUUAUCCACUCUGGGAAGGCAGACAUGGUAUAUACACAACAUUGCGUGGGGUAUACUGGGAUUUAUCUGGCCAAACCUAUAAACUAAGGGAAUGGCAAAAUUCUAAUCCACAAGAUCUGCAUGUAGUAACAAGCCAAAUCAGCGCAAGACUGCAUACACAAUCGUCUCAAUUCGGACAGGUUGACGAAAUCAUUUAA